AUGCCGCCACGCAAUUCCACGGCGUCAGUGACGCCCGCAGAUCCAGACGAGGCUUCGCUAUUGUCCCCCGCGGCCCCGAGCGCCUCCGACAAGCCAAUUACCGCCACGGAGCAGCAACUCAAGGCACGGGCUGAGCUGGGUGUCAGUGUCGAGGACUACCUUCUCCCUCGCUCGCUAACCAUCCGCCUUGCGAAAUCCGUUCUCCCACCCAAUACCACAAUCCAGAAGGACGCUGUCCUGGCCAUCCAGAAGGCGGCUACGGUCUUCGUCUCGUACCUAUCCUCACAUGCCAACGACGCAACCCUCAAACGAACGCUCGCGCCCGCAGACGUCUUCGCCGCGCUCUCGGAACUAGAAUUCGACUCCUUCCGCGGCCGUCUGGAGCAGGAGCUGGACGCAUACACGGAGAUCAAGGCCGGGAAGCGGAAGCCCAAGAAGUCGGAUGUGAACGGCGCGGCUGGGGAGACUGCUGCUGCGGUCGCGGCGGCUGCUGCUGGUGCGGACGAGGAUGUCGAGAUGGUGGAUAAGCCUGCGAAGAGGGUGAAGCGCGAUGGGGAGGCUGCGGGUGUGCAGGAGGGUGGGGAUGGGGAUGAGACGCAGGAUGAGGAGCCGGAGGUGGAGGAAGAGGAGGAGGGUCAGCAUGAGGAGGAUGAGGAGGAAGACGAGGAGGAGGAUGGGGAGGAGGAGACGCAGAAGAGGAUCGAUGAGGAUAUUGAUCGGGUGGAGGAUUUGGAUGGGACGGUUAGACCUACUGAUCCGGAUGCGGAGGAGACGGAUGACGACGAUGAUGGACCGGCUAGCCAGCUGCGUGAUGAUUUGGGACUUGGCUAA